AUGACAGUCAUCGUGCCCGAGCAGACCCCGGCCGGGGAGGCGCAUCUCGAGCCCUUCCUCGUCGAGCUGGUCCACGAAUCGCUCAACAGCUACGCGUACUCCAACGCGGCGUUCCUGUGCGAGCGUCUGCACGCGGCAGCCCCGACCGAGGCCAACGCGCACCUGCUGGCGACGUGCUACUACCGCGCCGACCAGGCCAACCGCGCGUACCACACACUCAAGGGUCGCACAUCCCCAAAGUGCCGCUACCUCUUCGCGCUCUGCUGCGUCAAGCUGCGAAGGCUUCCCGAAGCCGAAGCCGCGCUCUGCCGGUCCCCGCUCCCCGCGGGCGGCCGACCACCCGCCACGGACUCCUCCGCCGCGGAGCGCCCCGCCGCGAACGCACGCGCCACGUCGGACGUGCCCAACGGAGCUCACGGGCUGUACCUCCUCGGCCGCGUGUGCAAAGAAACGGGACGAGAUAAAGCCGCGGCGGCGCACUUCGCCGACGCCUUGGCGCUCGAUCCGUUCAUGUGGUGCGCGUACGAGGAGCUCUGCGCGCUGGGCGCCGAGGCGGAGGCGGAGGCGGCGACGGAGGCGGCGUUGAGGUCGGCGGAUCGAUACCCGAAGCUGGCGGAUUUGGGCAAAUUCGGCGCAUCAUUUGGCGGAGCCGCCGAGUCGAUGUCGUUUGGAACGUACGGCGGGGAGACGACGUCGGCGGCCACCAACUCGGAGGGAACCAGCGGGCUCAGCGGCGGUGGGGGAGGAGGGACGCACUCGGGGGCGUCGUCCAAUCCAAACCACGCACUCGGCGGCGUCCUCGGAACCGUGGCGGAGGGCACGCCGACGGUGGAGAAAUCGUUGGGUUUCGCCAAGCCCCCUCACUCGGGGCUCCCCUCCGCCUCUGGCCCCCCCGUUCCGAUGUCCACCGGGGGCGAGUCCGCGUACUACGGCGCGUACGGCGACGAGAAAACCCCCGCGCCGGACAGCACCCGGGGGUUGAUGCCGCCGCCGCCGCCGUCCACGGCGACGGCGGCGGGCGUGCCGGCGGAUGACCUCGUCACCCCGGCUCCCAUUGGCGGGGAGGCGGACCACGGGAAACCCCCGGGGCCGCCAGGGGGACCGGGAGGAGGCGGCGGAGGCGGAGGCGGCGGCGGCGGGCGCGGCGACGGCGGCAGGCGCAAGUUCGUCGACGAGGGGAAGCUCCGGAAGGUUUCCGGUCAGCUGUUCCAGGAGAGCGCCAACGCCGGCUCGGGGGCGGUGAGGAGGUCGAGCCGUCUCGCCGCGCAGACGGGCGGCGGCGGGGGGGCCGGGCUCGAUUUCUCCACGCCGGCGAUGGAAGCGGGCUCCGCCGAGGGUGCCGAGGGUGCCGACCCGACGACGUCCCCGCCGCAUCAUCGCGCGCGGGGCCGGGGCGGUCGUUCGACCCAUAACCCGCGCGGCUCCCUCGACGGCGGCUCCCGGCCGCCCCUCCCGCUUCCGCCGACGUCUUCCUCGGGUCACGGCGGGAUGAACGCCGGGAUGAACGCGGGUUAUGGGUCGAACGGUGCGGGCCGCGCGGGGUACGCAUCGAACGGUACGGCUCUCCACGCGGGCCACGGUGGGUACGUCGGCUGCGGCAGGUUCGCGGAGGGCGCGGCGGCGACGGCGGCGCUGCUGCGACCCCUCGCGGAUGGGCUUCGGACGUUUUCGAUGUUUCGAUGCGAAGACGCGCUGGCGCACCUUCGCGAGCUGCCGCGUUCGCAGUACGUGACUGGGUACGUGCUGUGCCUGGUGGGCCGGGCGUACGCGGAGAUGGUCAACUACCCGGAGGCGCAGCGGGCGUUCGAGUGGGCGAGGACCGUGUGUCCGCACGGCUUGGACGGGAUGGAGGUGUAUUCCACGGUUUUGUGGCACCUCAAGAAGGAGGUGGAGCUCAGUUACCUGGCGCAGGAGUGCGUGCAGCUGGACAGGCUCGCGCCGCAGACGUGGUGCGUCCUGGGGAACUGCUUCAGCCUCCAGAAGGAGCACGAGACGGCGCUCAGGUUCUUCCAACGGGCGCUGCAGCUCGACCCGAGAUGCACCUACGCGCACACGCUGUGCGGGCACGAGUUUUUCGCAAACGAGGAUUUCGAAAAGGCGAUGGGAUGCUACCGCAACGCGCUGCGACUGGACGGCCGGCACUACAACGCGUGGUACGGCCUCGGCACCGUCUACUACAGGCAGGAGAAGUACGAGCUGUCGGAGUACCACUUUCGGCACGCGCUGUCGAUCAACUCGAGAUCGUCGGUGCUGUUCUGCUACCUCGGCAUGGCACAACACGCGCUCAGGCGCAACGCCGACGCCCUCACGCUCUUACAGCACGCGAUCGACCUCGAUAAGCGCAACCCGCUGGCCAAGUACGAGAAGGCCUCGGUGCUUCUCAGCGAGGACAGGCUGGAGGACGCGCUCGAAGAGUUGGAGCGACUGAAAGAGGUUGCGCCCCGAGAGGCUUCCGUGUUUUUCCUCAUCGGCAGGAUCCACAAGAAGCUCGGAGCCGCAGACGCCGCGAUGGUGGCCUUCUCCACGGCGCUCGACCUGAAGCCCGCGAGCGCGGACGUGAACCUGAUCAAGAGCGCGAUCGAGAAGCUGCACGUCCCGGACGACAGCGAGGAGGAGGAUCUCUGA